AUGAAAAUAGAUCGUCUCAAGAAAUACGAGUAUUGUCUUCCGUAUUUCUAUCAGCCUUUGAAGGAAGACGAGCUUGAGCAAAGCACUGAGGUUCAAAUAAUUUUUCCAGCAGAACCGAAGCCGGCUUUUUGUGAAUUUGAUUGGGAGUUGGACGAACUUGAUGAGUUUACUGAUAAACUGAUCGAGGCAGAUGAAUUAGAUAAAGAUCAGAAUGAUUCUUUUAAGGAUUUUGUCAAAGAAAAAGUUCGUGAAGCGAAAAAAGCUAACCGGCAGGCAAGAGAAGCUCGCAAAAAGGCCCUCGAAGAAAUGAGCGAGGACACUAAAGCAGCAUUCGAGAACAUGAGAUUUUAUAAGUUCUACCCUGUUCGAAGACCGGAUACACCCGAUGUAUCAAAUGUUAAGGCUCCUUUCAUCAACAGGUAUUAUGGGAAGGCACAUGAGAUUCUCUAAUGGAAAUUCGACUUGAUUCAAGAACCAGGAUCCAAUCUAGUUGAGGGAUGCACUAAAGCCGGCUUCGCUUGUAAGAGUGUCGUGUAAAGCAUUUGUAUGUUACCCGGAAGUUAUGGGAGCAUGGCUCUGGUGCGCCCCAUCACACUUAUGUGUCUUAGGAGAAAGGUUUAAAUUUACAGCUCCAUAACUCUUAGAUAAUUAAAGCAGGCCCAUUGCAGCA